AUGUCUCUCACCCACGCCCAGGAAAUCGAGUUCAAGGAGGCCUUCGCUCUCUUCGACCCCACCAACUCUGGCACCAUCCAGCCCAAGGCCUUUGCCGACUUCCUCGCUCUCCUCAACGACCCCGCGUUGACUGCCAGCGUCACACUCCCCACCCAGCCUUUGGACUACAAGGGCUUCUGCUCCCUCAUGGCCCAGAAGCACAAGGGCAAGGAGACCUCCGAUGAAGCCUACGUCACCUUCUUCAACGCCAUCAACAAGGACGGCUCAGGCAACAUCUCCUCCGCCGAGCUCCGCUCUGCCCUCCAGCACUUUGGCAACAGCGCCCUUACCGAGCACGAUAUCGAUGAGAUCGUCCACGAGGCUGAUGUCUCUGGCGAUGGCCGCAUUGCCCACGAGGAGUUCUUGAAGAUCAUGCAAAAGUCCGAGAAGAAGCUCCGUGGCGAGCACAUCUGCUAA